AUGGCGGCCCCUAUCUAUCAAACAGCAUCAGGCCGACUGUGGCAUGCAGGCAUGCUGAUAUUCACUUAUAUCCUCAUUGUCACCGUCGGCCUCCCCGCCAGGGGGAAAACGCAUGUCUCCCGAGCCUUAGAGCGGUAUCUGCGCUGGCUUGGGGUCAAAACCCAAGUUUUUUCCCUAGGCGACUAUCGGAGGAAGCAUAUUGGUGGUGCGAAAGCUCUUCCGAAAGACUACUUCCAGACGAACGAAUGGAGCGAAGAGACGAAGAAGCUGCGCGCGAGCAUCAAAGGCGGAUGUGAGGAUAUGAUACGAGCAUUCUUUGGCCCAAAACAAAGGGGCCAGGUCGCCAUUUACGAUGCGAAUAACGGGACAAAACAAGCGAGGAAGGAGCUUGCAGAUGAAUGGACUGCUGAGGGCGUCCAUGUUAUCUUCUUAGAGUCUGUCUGUACGAAUCAAGAUAUUGUAGAAGCAAACAUACGAUCUGUAAAGAUCUCGUCCCCAGAUUACAAAGGUUGGGACCCCGAGAAGGCGGUCGCUGACUACUGGACACGAAUACGAGAGCAUGAGCAGUAUUAUCAAACAAUAGACGAAGAGGAAUGGGCCUGGAUCCAAAUUAUCAACAUCGGAGAGAUGAUCCGCAUGAAUCGCGUCCAAGGCUAUCUCCAAUCUCGAAUGGUGUUUUUCCUCAUGAACAUACAUACCAAGAACCGCGCGAUUUACUUUGCGCGCAGCGGUGGAUCUCUGAUCGAGCAUUCGUAUAAAGCAGAUGCGGAUCUCUCUCCUACCGGUUGGGCGUACGCUGAACGCCUGAUGGACUUCGUCCUUGAGCGACGACGCGAAAGUGUGGAAGAACGGCGACAGCAAGAUCAAACAGCGGAGAAGAACAAGCUUGUUGUGUGGACAUCGACCAGGCGAAGGUCACAUCAUUCUGCGUGGCCGUUCCAACAAGCCGGAUUUAAGGUGCUCCAGAAGAGUCAGAUGUGCGAGAUCAACCCAGGCAUAUGGGACGGCCUGAGCCCGGAAGAAGCGAUGGAGCAGUAUCCGGAGGAGUACGAGAGGUUCAUCAAGGAUCCAUAUGCGUUCAGGGCCCCGAGAGCAGAGAGCUACCACGACUUGUCUGUCCGGCUAGAGCCUGUCCUUGUCGAGCUCGAACAGUCUCAAGACGAUCUGCUGAUUGUCACACACUCUUCUGUAAUCCGCUGCCUCCUUGGCUAUCUGAUCGGCCUACCUCCACACGAAGUGCCUGCAAUUGAAAUUAACCGCGGUGAUUUGCUGGAAGUCGUUCCCGCCUCGUACGGCGUGCGCAGCCAGACACUUCAAUUUUGGUCCCCCAUGCAAGGCGAAGCGCAGGACGGACAAAACGCGCUGGAGGACUUCAAGGGGGAGAAGGAUCAUCAUCAUCAUCCAGUCGCGGAGCCGGGUACAGUGGAUAUUACUCAUGUAGCGGGCGAUGAAGGUGAGGACCGCCUCGGAAGGACACUCGGAGACUAUGUGUACGCCCCAAAUAUCGAGGUAACCACGUCCACGCCUCCCCUAGAAGAGUCGCUGGGUGUCGCGUAA